AUGACCAACCAGAGCUGCCAGGAACAGUUCAUCUUACUGGGUUUCUCAGGCAGACCCAGGCUGGAGCAUGUCCUCUUUGUGUUUGUCCUCAUCUUCUACCUUGUGACCUUAGUGGGCAACAUCGUCAUUAUCUUGAUCUCCCGCCUGGACCCCUGCCUCCACAUACCCAUGUACUUCUUCCUCACUAACUUGUCCUUUCUACAUCUCUGCUUCACCAUCAGUUCUAUCCCCCAGCUGCUUUUCAAUCUAGGCAGCCCAGACAAGACUAUUAGCCACACGGGCUGUGCCAUCCAGCUCUUCAUGUUCCUGGGGCUGGGUGUCACAGAGUGUGUUCUCUUGGCAGUCAUGGCCUAUGACCGCUUCACUGCAAUCUGCAAGCCCCUUCACUAUUCUGUCAUUAUGCACCGUCAGCUCUGCUGGAAGUUGGUGUCUGUGGCCUGGGGGGUUGGACUCCUCAAUUCCCUAGUUAUGUCUCCUGUGACUAUGAAGCUGCCACGAUGUGGAAGAUAUAAGGUGAAACAUUUCCUGUGUGAGAUGCCAGUUCUAAUAAAAAUCACCUGUGUGGACACAGUGGCUAUGGAGAGCACUGUUUUCAUCUUACCGGUAGUAAUUGUCCUGGUGCCUUUGUCUCUUAUCCUCAUCUCUUAUAGUUACAUUGCCCUAGCAGUGCUAACAAUCAAGUCGGCCGCAGGAAGAAGGAAGGCCUUCAACACCUGCGGGUCCCACUUCACCGUGGUGUCCUUGUUUUAUGGGAAUAUUAUCUAUAUGUAUAUGCAACCAGGAAAUAAUUCUUCUCAGGACCAAGGGAAGUUCCUUACCCUUUUCUACAACUUAGUGACCCCCAUGUUAAACCCUGUCAUCUAUACACUGAGAAACAAGGAUGUAAAAGGUGCACUGAAGAGGUUUGUGUCUAGAAAAAACAGUGACGGUGACGGUUCGUGA